GCGUGUCCCUUUCUCCCCCCCCCCGAUGUUUUGCGUACGUCAUUCUGCGAUUCGCGGUACAGCAUCAGAGGAACCGACCUUAUAGCCCAGCCCAGGCAAUCUAGACCCGCGGCGGGCUUCCACUCGUUUCUCAGGCUCCCCUGGCGAGAGCUUCGACCCAUACAUACCCUUUCCCUUCGACCGCCUGCCUCUCUCUACAUUUCUCCGUUGCCCGCCUACUACCUCACCUCUCUCCCCUCACCACGACGGCGUCGGCGGUGCAAGCUGAGCUCUCGAGGUGAAGAAGCCUCGUGGCACACCACGCACCACCGCCCUGCUUGUGUGACGCGGUAUGUGUCACCACAAACCAUCCAUUCACUUGCCGGGAAGCAGACAAUCCGUUCGGGCCCUUUUCCGGUGCUAGAGCCACCGUUGCUUUUUGAGCAUUGUCUCGGUCCCCUCCCCUUCUCAGCCCGCGACAAUCGCGACAAACCGCCUCGGCGGCCAGCGUCUCCUGCCCACACGUACUCGAACCUGACGUCGACGAGGAACGAGGACAUCUCGACCACCAACAACCACCAGCAAUCCCUUUUGUGUCGGGCCGUUGCCCAUGUACUCGACCAAGGCCCAUCGCCUACCACACCGAGCUCGCGAACCGAGUCCCUAAGAGCACGUCUCCAGGGUCGCGGGGUUCGACGUCGAGUUUGAGGCUUGCACCCGACAGCUCGUUUGCUCUGCCGCUGCGGCAUCGAUCACAGCGGACGUAUUGUGCGUCUUAGGCGGCGAUACUCGGCACAAUGUCUCUCAAUGGGUUGGACGAUGCAAAGGUCGUGGAAGCACACGAGACGGCUGCAUCCGAGCCAGGAGGAUGGUUCCUCCUCAAGUAUGCCUCUCGUGACGAGGUUGAGCUCCUGAAACGCGGCAACGGAGGCAUCGUAGAGGUGCGCAAUGCCAUCGACGAAUACGACGAGACAAGCCCCCUCUAUGGCUUUCUGAAAUAUCGAAGGAGGAACGUCAUCAUCAAAUAUUUGCCCGAAGACUGUUCUCGAAUAAUUCAAGCUCGCGUGGCUGUUCAUUUCAACGCCGUCUGUGAGCGGUUCUCGCCGUACGAUACCACGUUCGAAAUCUCAUCAGCAGCCGAGCUCAAGGAUACCAAACUGUCGGCAGCCUGCUCCCUGCACGCUGCCUCCUGCUCGACUUCUUCGUCCACCAGUUCCCUCCGCAGAAGACGCUUGGUGGAAAUUGCCGAGGAGGAGGAGGAGGAACAGCGUGCCGUCAAGCGCCAGUCCAUGCAGCACAGGGAUGGGGACCGUCCACAGCCGCCAGCUGGCGAGGGCCGCGAAAUCGAGCCAGUCACGCUCAACUCUCAGCUGGCGGAAUCUCCCGAACACAGAAAGUUCUCCGUCGCUUCAACAUCCGAAUUGCCAACUUUUGUGGGAGUCGACGAGGGCCCAACAUCGCCGGGUAAGUCGAGCGACGCAGACUCAACGCGUCCCGACUACUCUUCUACCUACUCAUCCUACCCCUACACCAAACCCAAGGUCAAACUUGGCCCUCGCCCAUCCCUCGAAAGCGGUGGCCGGCCCCAGACGGCUGGGAAUUUCCGUCCUGUAUCUGCUAUACCGGCAGGGUUCAAGCUCUUUGGCAAGGGAAGCCGGCGAGGCAAGGGCAGCAGAGACGGAAUUACCAUGCCCCCACCUGCGGAUGAUGCCGUCAGCCUGAACCUGCCUCCAUCUGAAGCUCUAGGAGCCGACGGCCCUGUGCGGGCUCAUGAUCUGGCGGUCGCGAGACCAUCCACCAGCUCAGGCAUCCCCCCUGACCCAGUAUCGAUGUCGCCGCCAGCUGCGAAGAAGCCCACCAUCUCGCCUGAAAAGGCGAGACUGAUGAAGGCGAUGAAGCUGAGGGAGAAGAAGAAACAGAUGAGCAUGCAUCCUCCUGCAGAAAGCAUCAGCGAAGUCGUAACGGAAGAGUGCACAGAUGCCACUUCCGACGCUGUCGUGAAUCAAGCGCCCGAGGCAGGUGUCCAACCAGAGACGGAGCAAGAUGUUGAGGAUGAGGCAAAGACUGGCAAUGCUGGGUCGGCGAUGGAUAUGCUCUCAUCUUCGGUGCUUACUGAUCAAACUUCAGACUUGACACAGUCCGACUCGAGACCUACCAGCCCAAUUGUGGCCUCCUCAGAGGCAGCACAGUCAACCAAGGCUUCGUCCAUCUCCGAGUCUACCGACGAGACAGUCCAAGCCAAGGAUGAUGAGACGGCGCCAGAUGAUGAGCACAACGCGGAAGAUACCAAUUCGAAGGAUCAGCAAGAGGCGCGGCUAAGAGAUCUGCUUGUGACAGCUGAGAAACCUGUGAAGGAGGAUAGCGCCACCGCGUUGGAGAUUGACGAGAGAACACCAGGCGCUGCCGAAGCAGUGUCCUCCGGAGGCUUAUACGAACGUGCUGAGCCCCAGCAUGCGCCGCUUGCACCAGCAGAACGGGCCGCCGAGAUUUUGGGGUCUGUCUCGGAAGACGUGUCGUCCGGUGGAAAAGAACAGGACAAGCCCGAGCAGGCGCCUGAACAUGUCGAAAACCACUCCUCAUUUGCACCACCAAUUUCUGACCACUCGGUCGGCAUUCCAUCGUCGUCAAAGUCUCCACCGGAGCCGUUGUCCGCGAACGUGGAUAGCGAGACAAGCAGCAUUCCUCACGCGGAGACUACCACGUCAACAGUUGAUAAUGAGGCCACCACCCCCACUUCACAGCCGAGGCCUUUGGAAAGCAAGGCCUCGACCCAGAACCUGUUUGCUGCCGACGAAGUCGCCGCGCAACCUACCGUCGGGUCAGACGGCCCGCGGCAAGCGCUGGAGGAAAGCCCCAUCAUCACAAAAGCUCACGCGACGGUGGCUGAGGUGGACGGACAAGACGGGAGCGACACGGAUACUAUUCCUGUCUCUGUAAAGGCCACAAAGCGAAGGGCCCUUGUUGAGCCCAUCGACACCGACCUGCCCCAUACUCGGAGCACGACGCCGCGGGAGGCAAGCCUCUCAGACGACGAAGAGUUGAUGGACGAGCUGCAGAGCGCGACAGUGCAGGAAGCCAAACACAUGUCGGUUGCCAAAACUCCUGUGUCGGCUACCUUCCCUCCCAGCCCCGCCAAGAGGGCUGCGCCCACGGGUGCGCCGGCUGCCCACAUGGUCCGAACCACAUCAAAUCCCGUCCGUGGCAAGUUGACUGUCCCGACGGGCAUCAAUCAGACGUCGGCGCGAUCUGUGAGCACGGGAGCGGCCUACUUGCACCAUGUCAACCAGCAAUCGGCGCAGCAGGGCGGCAAUCUGAUGAAGAAGUCCAACCUUGGCUCGAGCAUCUCGCAGCGCAUCAAGGCGCUGGAGAAGCUCUCCGCGUCGUCGGGCGACGCACCGCCGGCUGUCAGUGCGCGUGAGCGGCCGUCUUCGACCUUUUUCGCGGUCAAGAAGCGGGAGCCGUCCAGGUCGCCCUCCGUUAUGGACAGGGCAAACUCGUUCCGGUCAACCGCCGAGCCUAUAUCCAUCUCCAACGAGUCGUCUCCAGACGGCAAGCACGUACGGGCAGAAAGAUCUGGCUCCGUCACCAGCCGCCUGUCUGUGUUCGAGUCACCGACCACCGCUACGGCCAACGCCCCCAACCGCUCGCCCGCAAGCACUCACCGCGGUCGCUCAGAGUACGUCUCCGUCACGGCCAGGAUUGUUCGGGAUCCGAACGACAAGGCCGGCCAGGGAUUCGACCCCUCCAAGGAUCCCUCCGAGUACGGCCAUUUGGAACUGAAGCAGUCGCCCUUGCUGGUGGACCACCACAAAGCCGUCCGCGAGCCGGCACAAGCCAGCACAGAAGCGCCGCUGGAGGAGCGGUCGGCGAAUCAAGACGCCGGCAAGGCCAGCAAGUCUCGCCAGUCCUCUUCCUUGGGCCUUGUCAAGGACUUCAUCAAGGAGCGCCGCAGGUCCGUGACAUCGAAUCAGGGCGAUAUCUUUGGUGCACCGACCAGCUCCAAUCCAUCACGCUCGCCGACGCGCCCUCCUUCCAUCAAUCAGACCAGCUCCUUUUCGCCUCGGCUAUCCAUCAGCAGCCGGCGGUCAUCGGUCAGCAAGGACCGUGAUGGCUAUACGUCACCAACCGGAGAGAGCUUUGGUGACGACGCCAAGUCGACUAACGGGGACAAGAAGAUGUCCAGGGCGGGUCGCUUCAUGCGUCGCCUGUCCAACCUCUCCGGGUCUCGCGGCAAGAAUUCACCCACCGUUCUCUCGCCCUCCGUCGCGGAAGAUCGGGCUGCCGAGGCAGCGACUCAGAGGCCAGCCACCACCGGGUCUCCCUCGGUCGUGUCCUACAUGGGCGACGUCAACGUGCAGUUCCCCGACAAUCUGCUGUGGAAGCGUCGCAACAUGUGCCUCGACUCCCAGGGUUUCAUCAUCCUCAGCGCCCUACCUGCCCAGAGCGGCCGCCAGGCACAGGGCACAAAGCGAUACCACCUCUCCGAGUUCCGGCCGCCCUAUACCCCGGAUGUUGAGCUCCAGGAGCUGCCAAACAGUGUUGUACUUGACUUUAUCGAUGGGGCCAGCAUACAGCUUGCGUGUGAGGACAGGGCCGGGCAGUUGAAUGUCCUGAACAUUCUCCAAGAAGCACAUGCGACGCGCAGCACGACCUACGGUCUGUAGACGCUCGACAAGCGCCGCACGUCUCAUUCACUCCCUAAUACUGGUACGCGAGAACCAGCUUUCCCCUAGACUCUCUGCGCGUCCGACUGAGCCCACACAACCAAACGCGUUCUCGUCAUAGGACAGGAGACAACCUUGCUUGUUCGCCUUCUUGUCGGCUAGGGCUCUUCCUUCUGUCACAUUUCUGUGGGAAUCGGCUGCUCCCCUUCCUAUCACGACAUGUCCUAACCUUGGCAUAUUGCCGUUCACCAUGCCUCGGCACGUUACGCUCUUCUUGCCUGUUAUAGCGCCCAAUUCUUGUUGCUUUCCCUUAUUUGCCUUCACAAAAAAUGUGAUCUUGUCAUCAUGAUUUCGUUGCACUUUCUCACGACUGUAUCGCCUCCUUCACAGGAGCCGAGUCAAAAAUAGUGGAAUGAUACCAUACGUCGUCAGGCCGAGCCCUGCUUUCUUCACUUUUCCUCAUGCGGCCUCGCUCUUCUCAACCCCCCUUCCUUUGUCAACCGACGCUCUCAGCCUUUUCUUGCCGUUAAGUUUUCCCUCUUGGCUCCAACAAAAAAAUUGCGAACCUGUCUCUCUCACUCUCACUCUCACUCUCUUUCCAUGGGGGUUCUCUUUGUCACAAACGAGGUCUCUUCUCUUCUUCUUGUUCUCGAGGAAUCGGAGUGCGCGACAGCUGGGUCAGCCGGCCGGCCGUGCGUGGGUUGAUAGAUGGAUAGGUGGAUAGGUCGGUGGACGGAUGGAAUGGGGGGAGCGACCAAGCAAACAGUAUAAGCCCCACGGCCUUGGAUCGACCGAUGAAUGGGCUUUAGGUCCUGGGGGUUGCAUGGGCCCUCAUGUAUAUAGUUGAUAGCGGACGGCAUCAUAGCAGCAAUGAAGCGAGGAAUGUGGCC